CAAUUUCAGACAUGCUCACUGUCUUACACACACACACACACACACACACACAGUAGUAAAGUAACGUAACUCAGUGUAGGGUUGUUUAUUCAUCACACCCUUUUAUCCAAAGUGCAGUAAAAUCCAGUCCACAGAGGAGAAAGCUGAGCCGCUCAGGAUUGCACAUCUCAGAUGUCUCCGAUUCAGAAGUUUGGCCUGAGUUGCUGCAGUCAUACCCAUCAUGGCCGACUGGCCUUUCUCCUGCAUGAGAAACAGCUGCCCCCAGUCGGUGCACGCAAUCUUCACCCCGAACACCACCAGGUACCCGAAGGACAAAACCCACAGUUUAAAGGACACAGUGAACUGGCCUGGUUUUGCAUCUUAAAGCAGCCGAAUGGGGACGAACUGAGAGUCAGAACUCAGCCAAAUCUCCUCAGAGGAGCCUCGCAGACAUUAAAUACAUUUUGGGAAAGUAAAACACUACAGAGUAAGCUUCACUGACAAAUAUGAACAUGCAAAUCGAUUUGUGGAUUUGGAAAAUGGAUUUGGAUGGAAACUAGUGCCUGAGGAUCUUUUGGGUAGAAUUGGGACAUGACCACGCGGGUGUAAACAUGCCAGAUAUCUUUAUAUCAACCCACCACCGAGCUCUCACAUCAGACACGGUUACAUAAGCUGAGAGAGAGAGAGAGAGAGAGAGAGAUGUCUGUCACCUCGCUGUCUGCUUACACAUUUAGUCCCUCAGUUGCCAUAGCAACAGCCAUCAUUUCAUUCUGAAAAUACACUUUGAUUUGUUUUUAGAACAGAAUUAAAUUCCCCUCUUUUUCCUCCCAAGGUCUUAUUGCUUCUCAGCUCAAUCGUGAGGGAAGAUAUUUAGUGGAGUACACAAACUAUUCCAGAGGAACAGGAAGUUGAGAUGAACUCAGCAAGAAGAAGCCUUCAUGAAUAUUCAUGUUACAGCACCCAUCCAGAAGCCCCCGCUCUCUCUCUCUCUCAGCCACGUGAUGCGAAAGACAAAAACACAGUCUCAUAUUUUCAAACACUUGACUGAGGAGAUCUCGAGCCUGUGAGGCUGUAUUUUCUUCUCUUUGUUCCACUUUGCCAGUCUCCAUCAGCGUCCACAAUUGGUGCCUUUGUUGCUUGGAUGAGAGGGGACAUUCUUCCAGAGGGAUGAUUUUUCUCGUCUCUGCAGGCCCUGGCACUGCAAGGCGUCUGCCCCCGCACCGGCCUCAGUGCCAAGCUGGAGUCCCUCUCAAGCUGACAGACGCACACAAGCUCUGCAAAGGGACAGGAUGUGCGCAUGGUUCAUCCUUGAUACAAUGGAAAUGUUCAACUGUUUCCUCCAGCAUUUCUUCCUGAACCCGUAAUGGCUAUAUGUUGGCUGUGUGUCCCUCGUUAUUAGCUGAUGGCAUGGCGUAGAGCAGGACUUGGACAUGCCGAGGAGACGAGACGCCCUUGCACUAGUGCUGAUUGUGCUGCCGUGGACUUUACUCAUUGGCAUGUGGCAUCAGGGUCCUGUCACUCCACAGCCCACCGCACACAAGAACGGCAGGCAUGAGGUUAUCAACAUACAAAGAAAUCACCUCAAAGAAAAAUGCGUCACAGACAACAGCGUCUUCCAUGAACGUACGUUUGGGUAUCCUCCACCGUGGUCCGACCUGCUGCCCACCAUCCACGUCAUCACGCCGACCUACGCCAGAGCCGUGCAGAAAGCCGAGCUCACGCGCCUCAGCAACACGCUCCUGCAUGUCCCAAACCUGCACUGGAUUGUGGUGGAAGAUUCUCCACGCAGGACGCCACUCGUCUCCAGGCUGCUGAGGAGCUCCAGGGUCAAUCACACGCACCUGAACGUGGAGACACCGCGCGCUCACCGGCUGCGCAGGGAGGGGCGGGGCAGCCGUGUACCACGUGGAACAGCACAGAGGAACCUCGGGCUGCGCUGGCUCAGAGAAAAUCUUGGCCACAGAACCCAGCAUCAGGGGGUUGUGUAUUUUGCUGAUGAUGACAACACGUACAGCCUGGAGCUGUUUGAGGAGAUGCGUUCGACUCAGAAGGUCUCCGUCUGGCCCGUCGCCUUUGUCGGCGGUCUACGUUACGAGUCGCCUAAAAUCAACACCUUGGGGAAAGUGUACGGUUGGAGCACCGUGUUCGACCCUCGCCGGCCAUUUGCGAUCGACAUGGCAGGGUUCGCCGUCAAUCUCCAGCUCAUCCUCAGUAAACCUCAGGCCUAUUUUAAGCUGAACGGAGUUAAAGGAGGAUACCAGGAGAGCAGUUUGCUGGGGGAGCUGGUCACUCUCAGCGAGCUGGAGCCCAAGGCUGAUAACUGUACAAAGGUGCUGGUGUGGCACACUCGGACUGAAAGACCUGUACUCGUGAACGAAGGGAAAAAGGGCUUCACUGAUUUCAACGUGGAGAUCUGAAUAAUCAGAGGUAUUUAAACACUGAUCCCUUCCCACUUUCCCCACAGCAUUGCAGCACAUGAUGUGGGACGUUGCAAUAAUGUUUUCAGAUAAAAGUGACUCUGCACUGACUGGAUGUCAUACAACGCCGCAGAACAAACAGCUUGCAGGCACAACUGAGCUCCCACUGAGCUUUACGAGCAUUUUCCAGCCGCUGUUUGGUAUCUGGACAGAUCUGUGUUUCCUCACACUGAAAAUCAGCGGCAGAAGAAAAAGGCCGUUGUUCGGUGUGAGUCAGCUCUAAGCAAUAGUUUCAUUAUCACAGCGAUUGGGAACGCCAUCUUUAUCCGAGACACACUGAGCCAUUCAGGUCCAAAUGACAAAUACUUUUGUUUGGUGUUUUUUUUUUUUUCUGAAUGUCCACUUUGACUGAGCUAUUUUUGGUCUUGGGAUAAAUCCUGAACCAAAGCCCACAGAUAAAAAGUCAGUGUUAAAAUGUUUGGAGUCACUUUCAGGUGACUUUAAAAGUCUACACACACACACACACACACACACACACACACACACACACACACACACACACACACAGAGUGUGUGGAAAGUCUGGGGACACAUCACCUUUUCCACUCACGACUGAAUGCAAAAGUUUGCACACCCCUCGAACAAAAUGAACCUUUUUUUCUGCAGCGAGACAUUUAGUGUGUUAAGUUUCGUCAGUAUUACUUCAUUAUCACACGUAAUGAAAAUUGAACAUUAACAUAUAAUUUUAGUGCAAUACAUCCUCAACCUAAAGACAGACAGUGUCAUGGAGAAACCUUCAAAAAUAUUUUUAGGUUGAUUUUGUGUUUUAUGUUUUGUAUUCACGUUGUGUUGCGACAAAUUCAGUCCACAUUUUAUUUUUAACAAAUUGAAUUUAUGACAAAUGUGCGUCAAAUGAAAUAAAUU